AUGACAUCAGUAGUAAUAACACGCACGCCAUUAUCACUGUUCUCCUUGCUGUCCUUACUUUUUCACUUGAGUAACAUAUCGGCGAUUCCUAUUGACAAUGGUGUUGAAGGUGAACCUGAAAUAGAAUGUGGCGCUGCUACCUUAACAGUUAAUUUCAACACUAGGAAUAAGUUUGAAGGACAUGUAUACGUGAAAGGACUCUAUGAUCACGAAGAAUGUCGUUCAGAUAGUAGUGGACGACAGGUAGCUGGGAUCGAAUUACCGCUUGAUUCGUGUAAUGUUGAACGAUCACGGUCCUUAAAUCCUCGAGGUGUCUUUGUCACAGCUGUAGUUGUCAUUACAUUUCAUCCGAAAUUCAUUACUAAAGUAGAUCGAGCAUAUCGCAUACAAUGUUUUUACAUGGAAGCUGACAAGACUGUUAGUUCACAGAUUGAAGUGUCCGAGAUGACUACAGUAUUCCAGACACAAGUGGUACCAAUGCCUAUAUGUCGAUAUGAGAUUCUGGAAGGUGGACCAUCUGGUACACCUGUCCGAUACGCAAUGAUCGGAGAUCAUGUGUACCAUAAAUGGACUUGUGAUUCGGAAACUACAGAUACAUUCUGUGCACUAGUACAUUCCUGUGUAGUGGAUGAUGGAAAAGGAGAUACAGUGGAAAUUCUGAAUGAAGAUGGUUGUGCUUUGGAUAGGUAUUUACUCAACAAUCUGGAAUAUCCUACAGAUUUAAUGGCUGGACAAGAGGCUCAUGUUUAUAAGUAUGCGGAUCGAUCAGAGCUUUAUUACCAAUGUCAAAUUAGCAUAACAAUUAAAGAACCAAAUAGCAAUUGUCCACGACCACAAUGUUCAGAACCACAAGGAUUUGGUGCUGUAAAGUCUGCUGCUGCACCAGCACCAGAAGCUUCCCCGCUUUCUCCUCGAACAUUACGAUUGCUCAAGAAACGAUCUAUUAAUUACGACAACACAGUGGAUGUUAGUGUCGGUUUUAGCGCGAUUGAUAUUAGCGAAGAGGAUCCGAGCUUAGCAGCUAAGCAUUUAUUACCAUUGACAAUCGGUCAAUCAAUAACACCAUUACAUCAGCAACACUGGUCUAAUGUAAAAAUUCUAAAUCAUAAGGCUAUGUUUGUUCGUUUUCACCGCGGAUUUUUACCGGUUUGA